UUUUUUUUGGGGGGGGAGGAGCUGAGCUGCCUCUGAUGUGAACAUGCUGUUUGUAUGUAAACGAUAGUGAUUCUAAAAUGCUGCUGUGCUGUAAGUGGUUUGAACAAAGGACUGCCGCUCCUGCAUCACGACCUCUCAGAGUGACCAACUACUAAAGGAUCAGAUCUGCAGAAAUGACGGGCCAGCAGAAGCUCCUCUCACUCUGGGUUUGUCUGUUGCUGGUGGCAGCACUGUGCCCGGGUGCACAGUACGCACACUGUAAACGUGGAGGCCUCUUCAAGGGGCGAGGAAAAGGUGAUGCAGACAAAGGGCCUCCGUCCCAGGGACGCGGCCUCUCCAAGCACGGCCUGAAGUUGGCGGGGGCAGCGGCAGCCGGGAUGCUGGGGGGCACAGGCACCGGAUACGGGAUGGGCCUCUUUGGUCGACCCAAGCAUGGAUCUAUGAGUCAUCAUAAAGCAGUCUCUUCCCAGCAAGAUCAACGGCUUUACUAUGAAAACCGCCAGGGAUUUCACAACCAGUCUCUGUGGAGAGCCUUUGUUAACGCGGCGGCCCCGGCUCCUAACGCCUUCCUCACACUGGGACAUGCGGUGUCUGUCCUUAUAGCAGCAUGGAUCAGAGACAUGUAACACAACAUUUGAUCACAGCGGUCUGUCUGCAACUCAAAUGAAAUAAAAGCUUUUUAAAGAAAA